AUGGAGACGAUGGGGACGAUGGAGCACAGCUCGUAUACGACGGUGAAGAGAAUCGUCGCCGAGGAUCGCGGGCACCAAGAGCCGGCGCCAACGGGUAGGCAGUGGCAGCCGAUGGGGUUUGGCGUCGAUCGUUGGCUGGUCGUGCGAUCCGAGGGAGGACGACAAAGGGCAAAGGCAAAGGCAGAGGUCCAAGACGAAAAGGGCAAUUUACGACCGACGAGAGUCAAGGCGUCGACAGACGACGACUAA